AUGUCUGUCUCGGUUCGUGGUUGGGAGAUAUUAGCAAUUUCCUGGCCUCUGUUCAGUUUGUGUGCCACUCUUAUUGCUCUCCGGAUCUGGGUGCGCAUCAAGGUAUUGCGAUCCUACGGAUGGGAUGAUGUUUUUAUUUCUCUUGCUCUGAUGUUUGCUGCAGGAAACACCGUCCUGAUGACCAUCAGCAUCUACUAUGGCACUGGGCAGCAUGCAAGUGAUUUGAGCAAAUACCAGCUUAUUGUCUCGUCGAAGUAUAACUGGCUCUCGCACGGGUUCCAUGUUAUGUCUACCACCUGCGGGGAAAUAUCUGUGGCCUUUUUCCUUUCGCGCAUUAUCAACAAGGCAAAGCAUCAUAAACCGGUCAUCUACAUCGGGAUUUUCCUCCUGACGAUAGUCAAUCUAGGCUGUAUAUUUACGAUGUAUGGCCAAUGUACACCAACGGCGAGGUUGUGGAACCCAGAGGUGGACGGGUCUUGUUGGAAGCCCGAGGUGCAACGAGACUACGAGUUUUUCCAGGGCUCAUUCUCGGCUGCCUCUGACUUCGUUCUUGCGGUUUAUCCUCUCUUUAUGAUCUGGAACCUACAAAUGGCUGUGAAAGUCAAAGUCGGCCUGGGAAUUGUUUUGUCCUUGGGUUUCAUCGUGAUGAUUGCCGCAAUAGUCAAGACCGUACACUUGGCUUUGCUCUCCAGACAGACCGAUUAUCCCUGGAAUAUAGUCAACCUCAUUAUCUGGAUCACUGUCGAACAGUAUCUUAUCAUUAUCGCCGCCUGCAUCUCGACUAUAACGCCUUUAUUCAACAUAACGGUGCGGCAACGGUCUGCCAAACGCAACACGCACAUGAGCCACCGAGGAGUCCAGAGUCGAAGUCGGCAGUCACGCAGACCACACCGCUACGGGACCUUCACGAGCAUUACGGAUGAUAACCAUGAAUAUCCACCUUCCGGGGCGUGUUUGGAAAGAGGUAACCACGAUUGUGAGACCCCAGGCCCUACGAUUCUGGGAAGCGAGAAUAACAGAGGAAUCCUGAUGACAACGGAAAUCAAUGUGGAGACGGAAUCAGGCCACGGAAUUGUAAUGCAGAUGCUAGAUGAACAAAGAGCCUGA